ACCUCCAAGUUAACAACAAUUUUUGAUUGUUAUCGGUUGAAAUGUUGGCUAGGAGUGACGUGAUCGCCGGUGAUGCUAAUGCACACUAGCUACGUGUCAAGCUAGCGUUUUGCGCCUUCGGAGAGAACGCUUCAUCAUGCUCGUUACGGCUUAUUAUUCAUCGAUCUGUCUUCGCUGACGCUACUUGGAUGACUGAUUCUGCUCGACGGGUCCGGAUUUAGCCCCCCCGCAGGUCAUUCCCCCAUCCACCCCGGGACCUGGCUAGCUCCGUUUCGGCGAGUGGCAGGAUUUUUCCCGGGCCUUGUUUCUCCGAGACUUCGGAGUACCGAUAUGAACCCCGUUAAUGCCACCGCUCUGUACGUGUCCGCCAGCCGGGCCGUGCUGCAGUGUGACCCGCGGCACCCCCACACAUUCACCGAGAUGUACAAGCUACUACCCUUCUUCCGUCAAUCACUCGCCUGCCUGGUCUGCGGUAAACUGCUACAAGACCCUGUUGCCCCCACUAAUUCAGAAUGUCAGCAUUAUGUUUGCUUGGGCUGUAAAGGUCAGAAGAUGCAGCUGAAGCCAUCAUGUAGCUGGUGUAAAGACUACUCCUGCUUCCAGGAAAACAAACAGCUCUCCUUGCUGGUUCAGUGCUACAGGGAGCUCUGUCUGUAUGUCACUCAUUCACCAUUGCUACAACCAAUCAGCAGCCAGGUAGGAGGGUCUCCAGAGAUAAUGGCUUUGCUAGAGGAGGUGCUAAUGUCAAACCAGGAAGACAUAGAGACUGAGGAGCCAAGCCCACCUCUGGAGGAGGAGAGUCUCUCUGCCCCAGAGUCUCUCACUCCCACAGAAGCACCACCUGUCCCUGCAGAACUGUCAGCUGACCCGCAGAGCUCGUCCUCUAACAAUCCCUGUUCUAACAGACCUCAGGAGUGCAAUGGAGCACGGUUGGAAGACCUGGCCCCCUCCUCCCCAGAGCUGGAGGUGUGUGAGCUGAUAGAGGAGCAGACACAGGGAGGUCUCUCUGUGUCUGCUGCUAGUUGUGGUGCGUUAGAAAUGAGUCUAUCCUCUGAACCUUUGGCCCCAACCCAAACUACUGUGUGCACACUCAGGGAUGGGGUGUCUAGCGGCACAGAGAUGGAGGAGGGGGAAGUGCUACUCCUCAGUGUCGAGGAAGUGUUACAGACUUUGGAUCCUCUCCAGCCCACCAGAGACUCUCCUCACACACAGCCAGACAGGACACACAUGCACACGCACAUACCCUCAGACAGAGCGCACACACAAAUGUACAUUCAUCUGGACACGGCGCACAACUACACACAGAUUCAGCCUGACAGGACUAGCACAAUCGCAAACCAAGGUGUUCAUAUGCAUGCUUCCCCAGCAGAUCCCCCUCCAACCCCCAGGCCCCCGCCAGUCCGCCUCCACCGGAAGCGGUCUCGUUCAGAGAGUGACCGGGAGAGGGUAAAACCCCUCCCCAUUGCCUCCAUCCUGCAGGGUUCCACCUCACACUCCCAUGCUCCCACCCCCUCACCCACACCCCACACACAACAGCCCACCCCCUCCCCGAUGGUGCCCGCACACACAUACUCGUCUCUCUCCAAUGGUGCACCUCCUAAGCCAAGCCGUCCUGUGCCCAACCACAGCAAGGGGGCUAGGAAGCAUAUCGAACAGGGCCCCAAAAAGCCUCAUGCCAAGGCUCGCGGCGGAGGAUCCAAGUCCAAAGACCGUAGCAAAGACCAACGGCUGGUGUCGGGCUGCCCGGUGCCUCCCACCCCGCCCAAACCCCCAUACAGGAAGCCUGUGGAGAAGAAAGGCUGCAAGUGUGGCAGGGCCACCCAGAACCCCUCUGUGCUGACCUGUCGGGGGCAGCGUUGCCCCUGCUACUCCAACCGCAAGGCAUGUCUGGACUGUAUCUGCCGUGGCUGCCAGAACUCCUACAUGGCCAAUGGUGAGAAGAAGCUGGAGGCCUUUGCUGUGCCAGAGAAGGCCUUGGAACAGACCCGGCUCACGCUUGGCAUCAACCUCACCAGCUUCACCGCGGCAGCAGCACUGCGCAACCCGGCAACUACCAGCAUCCACGGCAACUCUCUACUCAAUGUCACCACGGCAACAGUACCACCCGUGGCCACAGCCUUUCUUUCCCCCAGCCCCCCACAAGAACCCACAUAUGAGGAAAGCCUGGAGCUGCUGAUUGGAUGAGAGGCUGAGACUGUUGAUCGUCCUGUUAGUGGAUGAUACAGACAGUGCGGUGCUGGUUGAAUGUGACAACUGAUCAGUGUGUCUGUCAAAUGACUUGUACCUCUCUUCUGGAAGGGAGGUAAUCUAAGGCAGCUAUGGGUCUGUUCUGACCUGAUCUGUUCUUUUGUAAUCUACUGCGUUCUGUGUUGGAGAAUGCUGAGUUUUAAGACAAGCAUGGGUGUGCCAAAGCCUUGUGUAUUGUGCCUGGGUGCCUGUGUGUAUUUUUGCCUGGCAGUAAAAAAAACACAAAGAUUUGGUGCCAAGGCAAUUCUGAAUUCAAGAGGUGCUUCUAGUUAAUCAUAGACCACAGACAUCAAGAGGCAAUAGGAAACACCACCAGGUUUUAUGGUUUGUUUGGUUUUUUUUGUGUGUAUGUGUACACAACUGUGGAUGAGUGUAUGUAUGUAAGUGUGGAUGUUGACAGUGUCUGGGUGCGUAAUGAAAACUGUUCAUUUAUCAUAUCUGAGUCAACUUGCAUAGAAUUCUCCAUGACUGAAGUAUUACUCCUUGUUUGUUUCAAAUGGGCAUUUGUAUCAGGAAGACCCCUACUAACCCUUUGUGUAUUCGCACUCUUAUUGUGAAUGAAUCUUAUAGCUAAUCUGUGGAGAUUUAUCUGUCCAACACGGCUGUAAGCCUCCUGUCUUUCUGUGUCUCUUAUCUCGUUUAUCUUCCUCUUUCAGUAUCUCUCCGUGAAUCUCUCGUUCACUCACUUGCUCUGAGUACUGUCAGCCACUUAUGAAUCUGUCCUAAAGAACUUGACCGAUGCAGGUGCUGCACAGGCCGGGAGAUGAUGCCGGAGCACUUUGCAUGCUCUGAGGUUUGUUUGUGUGAAUGUGGCCCUGCCGAGAUUUACUGUAAUAUCAGCGGUGCCCAAGUGAGAUAUAAGCACUUAGGCUGAUUGAUUGGCCAAAUUACAACUGGAACCAUUGUCGGUUACCAUAGCAAUAGCGGCAUCACCAACUGAACCCAUAAUGAGGAGCCUUCCAACACACGCAUACACACACACAGUUUACAAUAUUGCUGUGUAUAAACUGUAUGUUUUCAAAAAUAUUACAGUGUCAUGUUUUGCUGGUGGGAUUAUAAGUGACUUUACGUGUGUGCGUGUAGAUAAACACAAGCCAUAGGUUAUUAAUCAAGAAAAAAAUCCUCUGCGUGUUCAGUUCUUUUUCCCAGUUGUAGUUUUCCAAAUGUUCUGCGACCAACUCAGAGAAUAUUUUUGAUACCCAGUGUUCAACAAUGAGCACCUUUUUUCUUUCUUUUUUUUCGGUCUGCGUUUUGGUUAAAGCACCUUUAAACCCUCAUAUAACUCAGAGGGUGUGUUUUGUCUGUGUUUGUGUUUACGGUCUCAACUGUAUCUAUAAUGUCUGUCGGUCCUGUUGUGGCGACCAAAAAGAGAUUGCAGGAGAGAGGAGUCGGGCUGACCAAACAAGCAGCCGAUUAGCUCUCCCAUUCAUUGAACAGGAAGUAGUGGGUGAAUUUACAGUAUGAUUAGUGAAUAUGAUCUUGCCUGUGUGUGUUUUUUGGGCAUUACUUGAACCCUUAUUAGUUUUUUUUUUUUUUUUAUGUAAAAAAAAUAUCUCCUGCUGCAGGAGAGAGUUGUCUUUGCUCAAACAUUCACUGCCACAUGGAGACAUAAUACAUGAAUUAAAUGAUAGUUUUUUACUUUUUCAGU